ACUACGCAAGACACUCGCGGAAGUAGUAAGUGCGCAUGCGCAGAACAAACGGUCGCGCGCAAGAUUUGAGUUUUGUUUGAAUGAGUUCGUGCCUGAGGAAAACACAAUACACAUUUGUUUUAGAUAUGUAGCAAUGGCAAAAGCUGCGAACCUGUCGAGGUCAGAUUUGGACUCAUCAUCUGGAAGCGAUUUGUCAGUUUCUAGCCGAACUUCAAACAGAAGUUUGCGAGUUGUGGAGAAAGAAAGAAGAAGGAACGAGGCUGGGGAUCCAUUUCUGCUUUCGCUGAAGUACUUCUCAAAAGUGGAGGCGGGUACCCCACGCAUAGGAAACGAUGUGCUGGAGAGGCACCUGGUGCAGGUGGAGAGAGUGGGGCUCAGUCGAGGACUUCCUCCUGAGGCGAUCUCUGUCAUGCUGGACUACGCAAUGAGCCUCCGUACUGGGGGUAAGAUUUGUGUUCGGGUCCUGAAGUUUCUGAUCCCCGCCACCGUGGUGCCACAGGAGGCCGUUGUUCAAGCGGUGGCGUGGUUAUGUGUCAGCAAGAUCGCCAUCAGCACACAGGUGCUUUUCCUUCGGUGGCUGCUGACUGUUUUCGACAUGAUCGACUCCAAGGACAAUCUUCGAGCCAUCUAUGGCUUCAUCUUCCACUUUGUGACAGAGGAGAAUUUGUCUCCUUACAUCUGCCAUUUGCUCUACCUUUUGACAAGGAGGGAGAGUGUUCGGCCAUUUAGAGUCAGAAAACUGUUGGACCUCCAAACAAAAAUGGGCAGGCAGCCGUUCCUGUUGCACUUGCUGUCGUUGUACAAAGUGUUUUGCCCUGAACUGGUGACGCUUGCUCUUCCAUCACAAAUGAGGAGUGGGUUUAAGAAUCACAACUCCAUGUGGAAGGCAGCGCUCAGUGCUGUCCAGAAGAGGAACAACAGCCAAGUGUCGUCUGACAUCAGCCUGACCCUAGGAGUGAAACACAAGACCAACUCCAGGAAGAGGAAAUACCAUCACCUGGAGGUGCCAUCGCUGAGCUCAUCUGUCCAGAGAAACUCCCCCUUCUCCAGCAGCAGGAAGGUCUUCCCCCUGGAGCAACUCCACACCUUCCCACAGCUGCUGGACAACCUCCACCGCAUAGAGCUCCCAUCCCAGAUGGGUUCUCUGCUGGGCUCCAAUCUGUCCCUCUGUUACCUGGACUACGUACAGGAUGACUCCGCCUUCCUCCGACUCAACUUCUGGCUGGGCCACGCCCUCCAUGAGGAGUUUCUGUUCUGCAGCAGUAGGGACGGGGGCUCCGGGAGUUCGUCCGAGGCCCUGCACCUCCUCAACAGGUUGCUCUCCACACAACAUUUCCUCCAGGAGGGCUUCUCCAGCACCGAGGGCUUCCUCUACAAGUUCCUGAAUGUUUGGGACGGUUCACUCCUCCGCCCCCAGAUUCUGGGUCUGCUGAGUGACAUCCCCGUGGUCCCCAGUUCCUGUAUCAACCAGCUUCUGUUUGAGCCUCUCGUUCAGCUGUUCUUCACCUCCACGCUGUUCUUCAAGUGCAGUGUGAUUGACUGUCUGAACAACAUGCUGUUGAAGUGGUUGACCUGGCACUCUGUGUACGCCCUGGAGGACGGCCUGGACAUCAGUCUCCACAGCCACACACCCAUGAACAUGAGUCUGUCUGGCUUCAUGGACUCUGUUGUGGAGCUGGUGCGUUUCGUGGGCCGCCUGGCCGCCGUGGGGCUGCAGCUAGAAGGCUGCCACUCCCUGCUCCUCAGCUUCAUUUUGGACUUCUACGAGACGGUGUGUGACAUGUUCCUGAAGUACGGGCUCCCCCUGGUGGUCAUGCCCCCCGUGGGCGUGUUCUACCCAGCCCUGUUUGCCACCGACCCUGUCAGCGUGGACCGCCUCGGCUACAUCAUGUACAGGUACAAGAAUAACCUGAUCUCUGCUAAGUGUCAACAAAAGGAGACCAAGCAGGCGUUUCACAUCAGCAGGCAGACGUACCGGGAGUUUAACCACUACCUGUCCUUCAUGGUGAGCUGCCUGUGGAACUCCAAGAUGUUCCUUCCAGGCAUGGCCAUCGAGGUGGACCAGGAGCUCCUGUCUCUCAGCAAAGUGGCCAAGCCCUGGACCAGCUUCGACCUCAUCCACCACCCUGCCUUCCUCGGCUACGCCCUCGACUUUCAUCACAAGUGUUGGCCAGAGAGGAAGGAAGUGGAUCUCAAUUCCAUAAAGGCCGGGAAGCAGUGGGACUGGUACCUGGAGUUCCUCUUCUCUCAGGGCUUUCAGGGCCUCCAACAGUUUGUUCAGAGUAGCAUCACCCGACGCUCUGUGGCUGGAACCAAUGACCAGGGUCAGGGAGACAGGCAACCCACAAACAGUUAAACAGCAGAGGACAAAACACAAGACUGAAACUUCUCCUUGUUGUAAAGGACGUAUACAUGUUUUAUCUCUCGCCAUCUUCUCCAAGGCAAGAUUCACAAGAGACUAGACUAUCUCUGUAAAUAGACACUUUUUAAAAUCUUGUUUUUAUUAUGUCUUGUCCCUAUUUUAGUUCCGCUUGGUGCUCAUGUGUUGUCUGUUCUCUUGUAUAGCUUACGCUUCUAUCGAUUUAUUUCUGUGGAACUUGCACAUUAAUAAGAAUAGGAUUUUAUGAUUUUCUUUUAGACUAAAGCAUCCCCCCCGGUCUUUUACUAAAUUACACCAAUGCUCCUAAAAAGCAAACAUUAAACAUGCUGGAACAUGCAAACUUAGCGAGAAUUCUAAUCUAUUUUCUAUUAAAAGCCAUUGGUAUAAUUCAUUAUGGGGAAGUCAUCAGUAUCUUUUGCAGGUAAUGGCUCUACCUUCUGGAAAACAUGUUCCCUUAAUUGAAGGAUCCAUCUGGAUAGUUAAUAGGCCCUUGGCUUUCCAGUUAACUUGGAACAUGCUGGGUGCAGGGAAACACAUUGCACGCCAGACACACACUCCAUUCUCACAGUGCCACCGUAGACUUCCCCUCUGAGCAUCACCAUUACUGACAAUUGGGUCCACAGGUCUGCUUUGUGUGCAUAAUGGCUGUACUCAUGUCAAUAUGUCGAGUAAAUUCUUCAGCCCAUUGUUCAUUUUCAACGUAGUGGUGCGUGGGUCAGCUGUUUGUGCGCCCACCUGCAAUUGCGAAUAACCCAGCCGCAACCGCCUGAUGACAGCCAUUGUGAAAAUUUGAGGCCCGCACCGGACUCUAACCCGCUAAUAUAGACAACAAGGAUUUUUGUUGCCUGACUUAGAUGUUUCUGCUUAUUUCUGACAUUUUGGUAGGCUAUUUGUAAGUCAAUUUGUCUAUAAUUAGGCAACAUGCAGCUUCUCUUCUCUCAUUAGCCUAAAUGUUGCCCUAGAAAACUAAAUAAACCCUUCUCACCAGUA